CGGCUCGACAUGGGAGUGGGAGGAGGUGGCAUAGAAAUAUGUCAAGCUUGACAACUUGUGCAGUGCACCGAACCGAACUUUAAAAUAUAAACAAAACGAGGAUACGAUGUGAACUUUUAAAGUAUUUGUAGUCGAUAAUUCUCAGUGCCAUGUAUUCAACUAAUAGCCAUCGUAAAUGUAAAUUAUUCUUCCUACAGGAAACAUGACUGUUCCUACACGGAUCACAAUUUCUAAAGUAUACAAUUUCACAAAAGCCCCAGCGUAUAAAAAAUACAAGAAUUUCUUUUUUGUGUUACUGGUGAUUUCGGUAUUUAUAGCGCUCUCUGUGCCGUAUACGAAUUAUGCCAAUGAUUCUUGGAAGAAAUAUGAGAUAGUUAAAUUCAAGAAUUUGAAGAACCUACCUGAAGUCAGUCUGAGACACAGUGCUAGAGUAGGAUCACCAAGGAACCCAGACUGCAGCCAUUGGGAUUGCUUCAAUAUCUACAGGUGUGGAAGAACAGGCCAUGACAGGAUAGCAGUGUAUGUGUAUCCACUAAGAAAGUUUGUUGACACUAAUGGAGUACCAGCUACUGAACACCUUUCGAAAGAGUACCACUCCCUUUUGCAGUCUGUGGUUAAAUCUAAGUACUAUACUGCAAAUCCAGAUGAGGCUUGCAUCUUCAUACCAUCUAUAGACACCCUGAAUCAGGACAGGAUUCGACUGAACUUGACUUCAAGGGCAUUGUAUUCACUUGCCCACUGGAGAAAUGGAGAGAACCACCUAAUCUUCAACAUGGUAGCUGGCAGCUCUCCAGACUUUUCACCUGUGAUAGAACUAGAGUUAGGCAAAGCCAUGGUCGCUGGCGCUGGCUUUGACACUUACACAUUUAGACCGUACUUUGACAUUUCGUUACCUGUGUUCAGCCCAGUUGCCAAGAUUGGGGAAGUCGGAGAUACUUCACAUGAAAGGUCGUGGCUGGUGACAUCUUCUCAGCUGAACAUCGAUCCGUACUUUCUGACAGAAAUGCAGAAGUUGUCAUAUCAACACGAGGACACCUUACUUCUUUUAGAUGCGUGCCAUCCACACAAAUAUGCGCGACGAUGUGAUCUCAAUACUGGAAAGCAGUACAGGUAUCCACAGGUGUUACGUGAAAGUUUGUUUUGUCUGGUGGUAAGAGGAGAAAGGAUGGGGCAGAUGGUGCUGUUAGAAGCCAUGGCUGCUAACUGUAUACCAGUUAUAGUCAUGGACGGCCAUGUUAUGCCAUUCAGUAACGUGUUAGACUGGAAGCAUUUUGCUGUAUUUAUAAUGGAGGGCCACAUAAAUACUCUAAUGGAUGUGUUAAAUGGCAUAUCUGAGAAACGGAUCAGACAGAUGCAAGCUAGCCUGUUGCAUAUGUACAGCACUUACUUUUCCAGUAUGGAGAGGAUUGCUCUCACGACUUUGGAUAUUAUUCAGGAUAGGGUAUAUCCUCACCAUGGGAAGACUUAUGACGAUUACAAUUUACGACCAGAAGAGGUUAACUUGAAUCCGUUCUUUUUUCCCAUUACUUCGCCGAAGUCACACGGAUUUACGGCCGUCAUUUUAACAUAUGAUCGAAUAGAGAGUCUUUUUACCUUGAUAGAAAGGUUAUCCAAAGUUCCUAGUCUUAUGAAAAUAAUGGUUGUAUGGAAUAAUCAGAAGAAGAGUCCACCUCCAAUGUCUGAAUUUCCUAAAAUACCAAAACCAAUAAAUGUGAUACGAACGAAAGAGAACAAAUUAUCCAAUAGGUUUUAUCCAUACAAGCAGAUAGAGACGGAAGCUAUUUUGCAUAUUGACGACGACAUUGUGAUGUUAACAUCGGACGAAGUAGAGUUUGCGUAUGAAGUGUGGAGGGAGUUUCCAGAUCGAAUAGUUGGAUUCCCAUCGCGGACUCAUAUUUGGGACAACACGACUAAGGCUUGGAAAUAUGAGUCGGAGUGGACGAACGAGAUCUCAAUGGUUCUGACGGGAGCAGCUUUUUUGCACAAAUAUUGGAGUUUUCUUUAUAUCACAAACUUGCCGUCUGAAAUAAAAGACUGGGUGGAUGAGCAUAUGAAUUGUGAAGAUAUUGCUAUGAAUUUUUUGGUAGCUAAUCUUACGAAUAAACCACCAAUUAAGGUGACGCCAAGAAAGAAGUUCAAAUGUCCCGAAUGCACAUCAAACGAGAUGUUGUCCGCCGAUUUGGGCCAUAUGGUAGAGAGGACGCAGUGCAUUAAUCGAUUCGCUUCAAUCUUCGGCCGAAUGCCACUGAAAACGGUAGAGUUCAGAGCGGAUCCAGUCUUAUUCAAGGAUCCAUUCCCGGAGAAGCUCAAACGCUUUAAUGAUAUCGGCAGCUUGUAAUUGAACAUAUUUCAAAAAUCGAUUUGCUUUACAUUCACACCGUUCUAUCUAACUCCGUCAUGAAACCAGAUCCCAGAGCCGCCAGGUAUACGAUAUUUUACUUUAUUUGCAUCUUCCAUAACAACUAUAAAGUGUAAAAUUAAUACUAGACUCAGGUUCAAAAUAAGUGCAAUAAGCAAAGUUUUGGUCAAAUUCGGAACGUCAUAACUUUUUUGUUUUCACCGCGAGUUUAUUGAUUUUUUUAUCAGGCGAUAUUUACACUAAGCCACGGCUUGACCUGUUGUACAGGGUACUCAAAAUGAUGUAUCAUUGCUCCAACUUUGAGUCAUUCUGUGGUGUGAAUGCAGUUGCCAAUCAGACCGCAAUGCUUUUCAUUAUCAAGAAUAACAUUUUCUCUAUAAUACAGUUUUUUUGUUCACGUCAAUAUAGUCUACCGUUCAAAAGUAUUUGAAUAUCUAGAAAACAAGGAAACCGAUAGAAGUUAUUAAAGAAAACAUUAUAAUAUCUGUAUGAAAGAUUUAUUUUCUUAUUUCUUAACAACCUACAACUAUUUAUAAUCAAAAUAAUCAUAUUUUUGACUCAUCAGUAUGUCCUCCUUUACUUUUCAUUACAGCCUGGAGAAUGUUGGGUAGGUGCAGUGCACGGCUAUUGGAUGUUGUGCCUUGAGCCUUAAAUUUCAUAAUAAUGUAGGGUACAGUUGAUAGUGGUACCUUCUGAAGUUUAGAAAUUUCCCGAAUACUUCUGCCGAAUUCACGAAGACUAAUAAUAACUUUUUUCUCCUCGGAAUAUUCCUUAGUCUUACUCAUUUUGUCCAGAAAACAAUAAACGAAAACGCACUUGUUGAACAACUAUAAGCUAUCGAAGCACGGUUAGUUUUUCAAAUGAAACAAGAUAACUGAAGUAAAACUGUGUUAUGGGUUUCUGUACAACACAAAUUAAUAGAAAUCGAAAAACAAAUCCUAAGAAAGAAUUCCUAUACCAAAACAACAAUAUUCUAAAUGCAAAUAAAUUCCUGUUAUGACUAAUGAUGACAUCCCAAUAAUAGCGUGUUCAAAAUUUUGACCUUCCAGUGAUGCUUGAUUUCCAUGCUGAUGGUUUUCAAUAAAUAAAGAAAAAUAAAUACGUACUGAAUAGUUUUUGUUUGUUAUGAUUUUAAAUGGAAUAAAUACGUACUGAAUAGUUGUUUAGUCUGUUACGAUUUUAAAUGGAAAUAUAUAAAUAAAUAAUUUUGAACGGUAGUGUAUACAGCGGUUGAAGUUUUUGAGGCAAAUGGACAUUUGACCACCAAUUUUCCUUUCUUCUUUCUUAACUUUCUUAAUGCCCGUACGAAUUUAAAACUUUUUUGACCAAAUUAUACAGAAAUAUUUCUGCGUUGGGUUCAGAUUUUUUAAAUUGCCAUUGAUACCGUUUAUCUACAGUGGCGAAUAAAAUGAAAACUUUUGACUUAAUUUAAGAACAAGCUGUAUAAUAAUUUCACGCUCUACCCUUUUGAAACACAUUGUCAUAUCUCCCUUAUCCUCCAAUUUUGUGGCCCUGAAAACUCUAGCGAGGAUUGUUCUCUUGGAACAAAAUAAAUUUAACACAAUUUACAAAUUUUAAUCAGUAUUACUACAUAUUGUCAGUCGUACUCGAGCUCCUAGAUAAUAUUUCCUUCAUUAUAUGUGAGGAAGCAUGAUUAAGGAAUAUUUUGCAUUAUACACAGCGGCCCAUUUUCAAAUUACGUACUAAACAUGUUGUGUUACAUCCAUUCUGCUCCAAAAGAACAAUACUCGCAUUAAUUUUUAUGAACCCAAAAUUUGAGGAUGAGAACAUUCAGUUAUUGCGUUUACACUGAAAUUAUUAUACAUUGUGUUAGUAAAUUAAGUCGAAAGUUUUUAAUUUCUUCGCCACUGUAGAUUAACAGAAGCAAUGAGAAAAUGUGAACCUAGCGCAGAAACCCAACAGGUUUCUGUACAAAUUGAUGAAAAACUUGUUGACUGCGUACCGGAAUAAAAAAAGCAGUGAAAGGAAAAAGCAAACUUGGUGGUAAAAUCUUCAUUUGCAUCUAAAGCUUCAACCACUGUAUAUACAGGGUGGUUGGUGCAUCAUUUGCCAAAUUGAAAUGGUGGACAGAGGAGGUCUUUUUCUAGCACUCCAGGUCCCUCAAACAGUUUUUAGCCCAACGGAAUUAAUUAUGUUGAUUUUUUAAUUUUUUUAGUAAAAACUCCAAAAUGUAAUACACAAUGAUGUACUAAUCUUACAAAAUCAACAUUACUUGCCAGCAGCAUGUAGUUUUUUAUUUAUAAACUCACAAAAGGUUAC